UUCAAUUACGAAAACAACACCAAACGCGGCAAUGAACUCUAUAUAUAGAUCCCAUUAUUCUUUGCUGGUUGAAUAUCCAGAUCUGUCUGCUCUAGGUUUGUGAUAAUAAGCAUAAGUCUGAAGUUGUGGUCUGAUCAGUAGCUGGUGUCAUCCGUAACUGGGGUAUGGAUUCUAAGGAGUUGAAGUUUAUUAAUGCUCAUGGAAAGUCUGAGUCACUUGGUCUGUGUAUCCAACCAGCUAGAGCUAGUGCAAGAGAAUUAAUCUACUGUACCAUAUGCGAGUUUGAAAUAAAGGGCGUGUGGUACAUAACAACUGGUCCUGAGUACAAAGUUUGCAGCACAUGUUUUGAUAGAUAUGUACAACCUAUCUCAAAGAACCAGCUUGCUCCAGAAGUUGAGAAGAAGCUAGUCUCUCUUCAUGUGGAGGAAAUGAAAGUAUACAAUGCGAUGACUCACAGCCUUUACAGCGACUUGAGGGGCUUGGGCUUGUCAUGCAAAAUAUGCAGCCCUAAAGGCGAAAGAAGGCCGGCUAGGUGGGCAUACGGUAAUACCUACAACGGCAGGGUACAUGCAUGUCACAUUUUUUGCGUGGUGGAGAGAAUCGGAGCGAAUCGGAGUGAUAACGGUACUAUUGAUUACGAGACCAAUCCAUUUUGGAAAGCUGUGGGUAGGAUUUCCUUAGAAGCAUUUAAGAAACUAGCGGAGGAUCUGGUGCCAUUUCCGUUUAACUCUGCAAUGAGUAUUAUUCUCAAGUUGAGGGCUUACCAGGAUCACACCAGGAGUACUUGAUUGUGCACUGCACUCAUGGAAGAAGUUACAAGUUAGAUAUGGGUGUAUAAGAAAUUUCUUCUGUUUUAGGUAUUCAUAUUAUGUUUUUCUUAUCGGUUUCUUCUGGGAUUUCUAGCCCUUCUUUGCCCAGAAGUAUUUUCUUUUUUGAAGGCAAAAAAAAAAGUGUGUGAUUAACAUCUUUUUAUGUAUAAUUAUUGUUUCAUAAGAUUUGAAUUUUCUGGAA